AAUCGCAUUGACAGUAUCAGUUUAGUUACACUGUUCAGUCCAACAACAACUGCAAAAAUGUAUUUCGUUAAGGUCAUUGCCGUGAUCGCCUUUGUAGGUGUUUGCAACGCUGCCCACCAUUACUCCACCCAAAUAAAGCAUGAAGUCAAGCACGAGUACAAACACGAAGCGCCCAAGCAUGAAGAGCACAAACAUGAAGAGUACAAGCAUGAAGAACCGAAGCAUGUGGAACACAAGCACGAAGUGAAUCACGAGGUGAAGCACGCAGUGAAGCACGAGGAACACAAACAGGAGGCCGAGCACAAGCACUCUCAUAAACCAGCCAUCUCCUACACCCACAUUGAGCGCCACGACGUGCCCUCUCAUCCUCCUAAGGACUUCCACAAAUACGAUGGCCCCGCAAAGUACGAGUUCGACUACAAAGUGCAUGAUUCCCACACCGGCGACAUCAAGCAGCACCACGAGUCCCGCGACGGGCACAAGGUGGAGGGCGCCUACAGCCUGCACGAGCACGACGGCUCCGUGCGCACCGUCAAGUACCACGCUGACAAGAAGACCGGAUUCAACGCUGAAGUGAAGCACACCACCAAACACGUUGAAGAGAAACACCACCACUAA